GGCCCAAGACCGCGGCAAAGGCCGCUGGGGCAGCCGCGACCCCUCGCGCGGCGAGCAAGGACUCGGCCCCUGGGGGAUGGCGGCGGCGUCGAGCUCCAGCGCCAGCGCCGGCCAGGAGCCCUCGCCCCUGGACCAGUUCAAGACGGGCUGGAAGGGCCUCCGCUCCAACCUCGCCAAGGCGGCGGCAGGCGCGGCCGCGGCGGCCGGCGCAGGGCCCGAGGCCGAGCUGGAGGAGGGCCACGGGGCCGCCGGGGCGGCGGCGGAGAGCGGCGCGGGCGAGGGCGGGAGCUCGUGGAAGUCCGUGCUGCGGGCGGCGAAGAAGCUGGUGUCGGAGAGCAGCUACGACUCGCUGAGGGAGGACGGCGCCACCGUGAUAGGGAGGCCGCAGGACUCGGAGGCGAGCGAGGCGAGCGAGACCGCGCCUCUGGGGCACCCUGCGGCCUCGUCCUCCUCCACCUCAUGGGCGAAGGUGGCUAGCCGCAUGAAGGCGCAGGUCGCCGACGUCACCGAGGCCACCCUGAACGUGACGGAUAAGGUGUACAAGAAGACGUCGGCGCUCGACAUCGGCAUCGACAUAGGGGGGCACGCCAAGGACCUGACGAGGGGAGCCUCGUCCACCUUCAAGGGCCUGGCCGACAGCGCCAAGGAGACCCGGGAAGCGCUCGCCGAGAAGGGCAAGUCCGCUGUCGACAGGGCGAAGGACCUGCAGGG